AUGUUUCGCAACAGCGGUCCACCUUCCACCCCCGGUCGCAACUCCUACGACAGUCAAAAGUUCUGGGAGGAUGCGCCAUCGACGACACCUGCAGGUCCUCCGCCCGACAAAUCAAUCUACCCCACGCCGAGGGGAGCGCCGCCGGCAAUGAGCAAAGGUCUGUUCAGCACGACUCGCCCGACAUUCGACAAGCCGAAUAGCUACGGCUUUGGCGCCACCUCUCUGUUUGGAAGCUCGCCGCCCAAGUCACCGCCCAAGCCCAUUUCCUUCGAAGGCAUUGGAUCUGGCUCAAUAGGCACUUCCACCUCAGGCCGACCGCCAGUCCAGCGAGGCCGUCCCACGUCGGGCACUUUUCGCGUACCCAGCGUAUCAUCCGACGAUGGUCCAAACGGAGACGCAGAGGGCGACUCCGACGAGGAACUCGACAUGGACGACCGACGCCGCGACCAAGAUUCAGACCAAGACUCUGAAGACCCGCCCUCUGCAUCACGGCGAAACAAGACACAGAAUAGAUUCGCACAGUCCGUCGCCUCCAUGACAAGCGCAAACGAUGAUUUCCCUGCACUAGUACAACCAGGCGCAAAACAGACACAAUUCGAUCUCCAGGCACUUGCCAAGGGCCUCGCGUCGAACAAUGGCAAGCCAGCCCUGCAGGAAUCGGAUCAGGUCAUACUGGAGACAGAGACCCUGAUCGAAAGGGCCAUGGAGUCGCUUCACUCAGACACACCCGCACAGCGGACUGACGUGCUCGCCUCGGUCGCCCAGGAGCUGAUCAAAACAUGGCAGACAGCAUCCAAAUCAAAUCUUCGGGCUACCACCACAUCAAGCCGUUCUGGGUCUGCAACAGAAAUCCUGCACGCUAGUCGACUAGCAUCGCUUCUCCUGACAUUGCACCAUCCACCGCAAUUCGACUUGACCCAACGAGCCUCAGCCCUAUCACUCGUGCCUGCACGCCCCGAGUCGAAACACUACACUGCAAUCCCAAGGAUAUUGCUCAACUGGCUGAAUAGCACAUUCUCUGGUGUUUCCGAGGUGGACGAUGUACUGAAAGAAACGCGUGGUUACUCCAGGCAUCCUUCAUAUUGGGAGGCUGUACAUAUCACUGUCGUCCGGGGCAACUUUUCACAAACCUUGAAGCUACUACAGGGUGCCGAGCUUCAGCACGCCGAGACGGCGGAACUUGAUGGGCUGGGUGGCACCGGAUACAGUGGGAAACAUCUGCAAUACGCAAACCAUGCAGUUCGUCAAGCACUUGACCUUCUUCGCGAAUGUCCAGCUAUUACAUCAGAGGACUGGGACAUCAAGGGACACGACUGGACCAUCUUUCGACAGCGUGUGCAACAGACUUAUGUCGAUUUGGAAGAAUUUUCAGAAGGAGAGAGCGCAAGCCGGCACGCUAUGUCGCAAUCUUUCCAGGCCGCACACUUUGGAAUCUCACAAAAUCAGGCAAGCUUCCAACUCAGCGUGGCCAGUCGCAAAGCCGAAAGUAAAGUACCUUGGUCCAUUUAUGAGAACCUUGGGAAAAUGUAUCAGCUCCUGCUAGGCAAUGAACAAGAGAUUCUCGAAUUAUCAGCAGAUUGGAUUGAAGCGGUAAUCGGUCUCGGCGUUUGGUGGAACGGAGAGGAGGAGGAUCAACCACAAGGCAGUCUUGCAGCCAGUCGUCGUUCCAUUAUGCGGUCACAACGAGUGCGCCAGGUCGAUGUCACUCCGAUCAAAGCGUAUUGUCAACGACUGUCGGCUUCCUUGGCGGCGGUAAUCUCCAAUAGUGAUGAGGAUUUUGGUGUCAAUAUUGUAGACCGGUUCGAGGUUGGUGUAGCCUGCAUUUUCGACGACAACAUGGAAGGAGUUCUCCAGAUCCUCCAGAGUUGGUCGCUCACCAUAGCUACCGCAGUCGCAGAGCUUGCCAGUGUCGGAGAGUGGUUUUCGAACGCAAAAGGCCUGAUGGAUCAAUUCGACCAGAGCGAUUUGAUGGUUCUGAGCUACACCGAACAGCAAGAACCAAAGGGCGUGACAAAAGACGAUUUACUUGUUACCUAUGCAAAUCUACUAGCGUCCAAGGAGCAAUUGGUUGGUCAAGAAGGGCAGGACUCAAAAGAAGGAUGGGAGAUUGCCGUACAGAUUCUAGGAAGACUAGAUGACAGUAUAGCGGCAAACGAACGCAUCGAGCGGAUACUCAACGACUUGCCUCUUGAGUCGUCCGCACGAGUCGACAAGAUCAGCCAGCUGUGCCAUGACCUUGGUCUUGCGCAGCACGCCGUCACAAUCGCCCAGAAAUACGCCGACCACCUCCGCGUAAAUACCGAGAGCUAUGGCGAGACACUUCUUUACUAUGCCCGCGCUCACGACGCCCAAAAGAUCCAAGAGGUGCUCCGUGUACUGGUCGCGCAUUGCUUAGUCAAGUCAAUAGCCUACCCACCCCUAGAUGAACUUGACGAAUCUUUGCAUUCGCUCAUCACCUCACCUAAGCAGACCUUGACAAACCUCGCCAAUAUGGACCCGGAUGCUGCCUCACUUCUGUCCAAUCACCUCAGCGGUUACGCGACAAUACGCAAGUACUUUGACCUACGAGAUGAGGAGGUUCUGCUGAAGGCUGGGGAAAAGUCGGCCCACCGACCAAUGGUUCGGAAACGGGCUGCAGCCAAUGCGCUCAUGGUCAUAAUUGCGAGUGCCGCAUCCAGCAUCCGAGGAGGAUUGUACGACCCCGAGAUAGAAACCGUAGUCCAAGUCGACGUCCUCCUACCUCUCCUCGGCGAAGCCCUCAUCUUUGUCAACCAACCCAAACGCACCCUUACCCUCCGCCACCUCUACGACCUCCUCGCCGCAGUCGAAGACUUCGACACCGCCCCCGGUAUGAUCCGCGCCCAAUGCGAAGAAGUCCUCUCCACCACCCUCCUCUCCGCACAUGAUCCACACUCUUCCCAACAACUACCGAACCCGCACCACCUACUCUCGAAAUCCACCUCCAAUCUGACAACGGCGUCGAGCCAAUAUUCGCUGAUAGGCUCAACGGACUUUGGCUCCCAGGACGGUCAGAGCAUGGAGGGAUCGACUGUUUUGGUUAAAGACGGUCAUAUCGACGAUAGCAAGCGCGGUUGGGAUUGGCGGAAAGGCUUUCCCAAGGGCGCGAAGAGUGGGGAUGUUAUUGCGGUUUUGAGACUGGGUGUUGCUAGGGAGAUUGGGAGGGCGUUUGCUGAGGGUGAAGUCACUGCUUGA